GUCAAUCCACCACCACCAUCACCACCACCCUUGCUGCCAGCCUGUCGCCAGAUCGUGAUUCAGUUCCACGUGAAGAAGAGAGGGAAACACACCGCCUUAUUUUCCCAGUUUUCCUUGUGUUUCCUUAAGUUACACGCCUCGGAUUGCACCCACACCUGCGCCAACCAUCCAUCUAUAGUCUGUGAAACACACACACACACACACACACACACACACACACACACACACACACACAAUGGGUAAUAAAGCAUCAACACCACCGUCCACACAACCACCACCACCACCACUGCGGACAGAAACAACGGGGAGUGAAGGAAGAGGAAGAGGGGAAGCAGAAGGGAGAAAGGUAGAACAAGAUGGAGAAAAGAGGAGACAGGAAAGAGAGCCGAGAGGAGAAGGAGAAGGAAGAGAUAAAGAAAGAGGAAGAGGAGGACAAGCAGAAAAUUUGUUCAUGGAGUUCAGUCGUCUCGAACUCAAUGACGAGAUUGUGUUGCGGCGCAGAUACACAGCAGCAGCAGCUACAGGAACCAGAGACCAAAGGGAGGAACUGCUACAACGAAAAACCCUGAGAGAAUUUAGCAGGUACGAGAAUAGUGCCGCGGCCAUCCCACUCAAGACGGACAGUGCCGCGGCCAUCCCACUCAAGACGGACAGUGCCGCGGCCAUCCCACUCAAGACGGACAGUGCCGCGGCCAUCCCACUCAAGACGGACAGUGCCGCGGCCAUCCCACUCAAGACGGACAGUGCCGCGGCCAUCCCACUCAAGACGGACAGAGCCGCGACCAUCCCACUCAAGACGGACAGUGCCGCGGCCAUCCCACUCAAGACGGACAGUGCCGCGGCCAUCCCACUCAAGACGGACAGUGCCGCGGCCAUCCCAUCCCAUUCAAGACGGACGGACAGUGCCGCGGCCAUCCCACUCAAGACGGACAGUGCCGCGGCCAUCCCACUCAAGACGGAGUGCCGCGGCCAUCCCACUCAAGACCAUCCCAUCCCACUCAAGGCGGACAGUGCCGCGGCCAUCCCACUCAAGACGGACAGUGCCGCGGCCAUCCCACUCAAGACGGACAGUGCCGCGGCCAUCCCACUCAAGACGGACAGUGCCGCGGCCAUCCCACUCAAGACGGACAGUGCCGCGGCCAUCCCACUCAAGACGGACAGUGCCGCGGCCAUCCCACUCAAGACGGACAGUGCCGCGGCCAUCCCACUUAAGACGGACAGUGGCGCGGCCAUCCCACUCAAGACAGACAGUGCCGCGGCCAUCCCACUCAAGACGGACAACGGACAGUGCCGCGGCCAUCCCACUUAA